AUGCGAUGGGGCGACACGUGGAGGCACGCGUGGGGCGGCGGCGUCGGCGUCGGUCGCCCGGAGCAUCGACCGAGGCGGUGGACCGACGACGGCACGGUGCAGAUUUUACCCGCGGCGACGGACGAGGGGUACGCGCUCGUGCCGACGUCCUCGGAUAAGAGAGCGCUCGAGGAGUUUUACGAGCAGUGCAACGGGCUUCGGUGGAGCGUGCAGCAGAAUUGGGGCGUCGGAGAGCCGUGCGCGAACGGCUGGCACGGCGUCGUGUGUCACGGCGGCCGAGUCACGGAGCUGUGGAUGAAUCUGAACAACGUCGCGUGCAUGGGACAGUUUAACCUCACCGCGCUCGCGAAGCUCGACGAGCUCGUGUACUUGGACCUGAGCGAUAACUUAUUCAGCGGGAAGAUACCGGACGAGCUUAACAAGAUGGGACGGCUGACGAACUUGCGUCACUUAGACCUGAGCGCGAACGACCUGAGCGGGUCGCUGCCGAAGAGCAUGGGGAAGAUGAAAUCGCUGGAGGUUCUGUACCUCGGCGAGAGCGGGUUAGAGGUGAAGAACAAGCUGUCCGGCAAGAUACCGAGCGAGUGGGCGGGGAUGAAGUCGCUCACGCGGCUGUCGCUCCGCGGAAACAACGACGUCAAGGGAAAAUUUCCAUCCUGGAUCGGCGAGCUGAAAAACCUCGAGGAGCUCACGCUCUCGAACACGGGGCUCGCCGGCGAGGUCCCGGAGUCGAUCGUUCAGUGCGAGAACUUGCGGCUCCUGGACCUGUCGCAGAACAAGCUCUCCGGGCCGGUGCCGGAGGCGAUCACGCGUCUGAAGAAGUUGAAACAUCUCCGGCUGGGUCAAAACGCGUUCGAAGGCGACGUCCCGCGCGCGAUCGCGGAGCUGACCGAGCUCGAAACCUUGGACCUGGGCUCGAACGAGCUCGAGGGCGAGCUCCCGAGCUCGUUCGAGCGCCUCUCGAAGCUGGAGUACCUGGACCUCUCUCGGAACAAGUUCGAGGGGAAGCUGCCGUCGAUACUUCCGAAGAUUCCGACGCUGCGCGCGGUGAUCAUGCAUCAAAACGCGUUCGAGGGCCCGAUCCCAGACGCGUACCUCACGAACCUGCCGCUCCUGAAGCACCUCUAUCUGGAAGGGAACCGACUCACCGGCCCUCUGCCGACCGCCGCGCUGCUCGAGGCGAAGCACUUGGUGGAAUUCCACGCGCACUUCAACGCCAUCGCGGGGACGAUCCCGAGCCAGUUCGGAUCGAUGCCGAAGCUCGCGUCGCUGCAACUGCAAGGGAACAGACUCGUCGGCGGAAUCCCCCCCGAGCUCGGCGACGGCGAAGCCCUGGCGCGCUUAGACCUCUCGCAAAACGCGCUCGUCGGCGAGAUCCCGAGCGCGCUCGCGAACGCGACGGAGCUCGCGGAGCUGACGCUCUCGAUGAACGCGCUCGUCGGCGCGAUUCCGCCGUCGCUCGAGUCUCUCCCGCUGCUCCGCAAGCUCAAGCUCGACCAGAACCAGCUGACCGGGUCCGUCCCG